CGGCCUCUGCCACCACUAUAUAGCCCUCUCCGUUCCUAGAAGGCAACCCGCAGUUCUCUCGCGGUCCUUACUCCCCCUCUCACUAUGGCGGCCAACUCGCCAGAACCCUCUUCUAUCAACGAGAAGGCCGACACCACGCAGGCCCCAUCCGUUCCCGCCCCUGCACCCGUCAAGAAGGGCUUCUUCUCUCGCAAGCCAAAGAACCUCGACUCAGCUGUCUCUCACGAAAAGCAUAGCCAGGAUGCCGUCGUCGAGGGCGCGGGCACUACUCCCGUAAAGCAGCUUCAGCCAGCUUCCUUCUUAUCCCUCUUCAGGUUUUCGACCAAGUUCGAGCUUAUAAUCGAUGUCAUUGGUUUGGUAGCAGCAGCCGCUGCCGGGGCUUCCCAGCCGCUCAUGUCCCUCCUCUUCGGUCGUCUCACCCAGGACUUCGUCACCUUUGGCACAGACGUUAUCAAUGCCCAGAAUGGCGUUGCGGGUGCCGCAGAGGACUUGCCCAUAGCUGCUGCCCACUUCAAGCAUUCCGCUGCUCUCAACGCGUCCUACCUCGUAUAUAUCGGUAUCGGCAUGUUCGUCUGCACCUACACUUACAUGGUCGUCUGGGUCUACACUGGAGAGGUCAAUGCGAAACGUCUGCGUGAGGCGUACCUUCGUGCCGUCCUCCGUCAAGACAUCGCCUUCUUCGAUAACGUCGGCGCUGGUGAGGUUGCUACGCGUAUCCAGACCGACACCCAUUUGGUCCAGCAGGGAACCUCUGAGAAGGUCGCUCUCGUGGUCAACUUCCUGGCUGCCUUCGUGACUGGUUUCGUCCUCGCCUACGUCCGCUCUUGGCGUCUCGCCCUUGCCAUGUCCUCUAUGCUGCCAUGUAUCGCCAUCGCCGGCGGUGUCAUGAACAGGUUCAUCUCAAAGUACAUGCAAUUGUCUCUCCAGCACGUCGCCGAGGGUGGCACUCUGGCCGAAGAGGUCAUAUCUACCGUCCGUACAGCGCAGGCUUUCGGCACUCAGACGAUCCUCGCCGACAUCUACGACUCUCACGUCACGAAGUCCCGCCUCGUUGACCUCAGGGCUGCGAUCUGGCAUGGUGCCGGUCUCUCGUUCUUUUUCUUCGUUAUCUAUGGCGGCUACGGUCUUGCGUUCAGCUUUGGUGUCACGCUCAUUAACCGUGGCGAAGCCAAUGCCGGUGAAAUCGUCAAUGUUAUCUUCGCUAUCCUCAUCGGUUCCUUCUCUCUCGCCCUUCUCGCCCCCGAGAUGCAGGCGAUCACCCAGGCUCGCGGUGCCGCCGCUAAACUGUACGAGACGAUCGACCGCGUUCCUUCAAUCGACUCCGCGUCUCCCGACGGCCUCAAGCCCGAGAAAUGCAUCGGCGAGAUCACGCUCGAGCACGUCGACUUCAACUACCCCUCUCGCCCCGGUGUGCCCAUCGUCAAGGACCUCUCCAUCACCUUCCCUGCGGGCAAGACCACCGCGCUUGUCGGCGCCUCUGGUUCUGGAAAGUCAACCGUUAUUUCUCUCGUGGAGCGGUUCUACGACCCCCUUGCGGGCGUCGUUAAACUCGACGGCGUGAACGUCAAGGACCUGAACGUCCGAUGGCUCCGUUCGCAGAUCGGCCUCGUCUCCCAGGAGCCCACGCUUUUCGCGACCACCAUCAAGGGCAACGUCGCGCACGGGCUGAUCGGCACCCCCCACGAGCACGCGCCGGAGGAGGAGCAGUUCAAGCUCAUCAAGGAGGCGUGCGUCAAGGCCAACGCCGACGGCUUCAUCUCCAAGCUGCCCCUCGGCUACGACACCAUGGUCGGCGAGCGCGGCUUCCUCCUCUCUGGCGGCCAGAAGCAACGCAUCGCCAUCGCGCGCGCCAUCGUCUCCGACCCGCGCAUCCUCCUGCUCGACGAGGCGACGUCCGCGCUGGACACGCAGUCCGAGGGCGUCGUGCAGAACGCGCUGGACAAGGCCGCGCACGGGCGCACGACGAUCACGAUCGCGCACCGGCUCUCGACGAUCAAGGACGCGGACUGCAUCUACGUCAUGGGCAACGGCCUCAUCCUCGAGUCCGGCACGCACAACGAGCUGCUGCGCGACGAGAACGGGCCCUACGCGCGUCUCGUCGCCGCGCAGAAGCUCCGCGACGCGCGCGAGAAGCGCACCCUCGAUAGCGACAGCGACACGGCCGCGUCUGCCGAGGAGGACGACGCCGCGGCGAUCGAGAAGCAGGCCGCGGAGGAGGUCCCGCUCGAGCGGUCCAAGUCGGGCCGCUCGCUCGCCUCGGAGAUCCUCGAGCAGAAGCAGAAGGAGCGCGCGACGGAGGAGAAGGACUACUCGCUGUACUACAUCUUCAAGCGCAUGGGCUACAUCAACCGCGACGUGUGGAAGCAGUACCUCUUCGGGAUCAUCGCCGCCGUCUGCAACGGCGCGACGUACCCCUCGUACGGCAUCGUCUUCGCCAAGGGCAUCAAUACGUUCUCGGAGACGAACAACCACCAAAGGCGGCACGACGGCGACCGCGACGCGCUCUACUUCUUCAUCAUCGCCCUCCUGUCCAUGGUCGCCGUCGGGCUGCAGAACUAUCUGUUCGCGUCGUCCGCGGCCGAGCUCACGGCGAAGCUGCGCUCGCUCUCCUUCCGCGCCAUCCUCCGCCAGGACAUCGAGUUCUUCGACAAGGACGAGAACAACACGGGGCAGCUCACGUCGACGCUGAGCGACAACCCGCAGAAGAUCAACGGUCUCGCGGGCAUCACGCUGGGUGCUAUCGUGCAGAGCGCCUCGACGCUCAUCAUCGGCUACAUCAUCGGCCUCUCGUUCAACUGGCAGGUCGGUCUCGUCGGCAUCGCGUGCACGCCCGUCCUCGUCUCGGCUGGAUACAUCCGUCUCCGUGUCGUCGUGCUCAAGGACCAGCAGAACAAGAAGGCGCACGAGGCGUCCGCCCAGAUCGCCUGCGAGGCCGCCGGGGCCAUCCGGACCGUCGCGUCGCUCACCCGCGAGGACGACUGCUGCCGCCUCUACAGCGAGUCUCUGGAAGAGCCCCUCCGUCGUUCGAACCGCACGGCCAUCUACAGCAACGGCAUAUUCUCCCUCUCGCAGUCGAUGGCCUUCUUCGUCAUCGCCCUCGUCUUCUGGUACGGCUCCAACCUCGUCGCCGACUUCAAGCGCUCCACCUUCCAGUUCUUCGUCGGUCUUAUGUCGACGACCUUCUCGGCUAUCCAGGCCGGCAACGUGUUCUCGUUCGUCCCCGAUAUCUCCUCGGCCAAGUCAGCGGGGUCGGAUGUCAUCAGGCUGCUCGACUCCAGGCCCGAGAUCGACGCCGAGUCGACUGAGGGUGACGUCCCCAAGAACGUGCAGGGCCGCAUCCGGUUCGAGAACGUCCACUUCCGCUACCCGACCCGCCCCGGUGUCCGCGUGCUCCGCGACCUCAACCUCACCGUCGAGCCCGGUACAUAUGCCGCUCUCGUCGGCGCCAGUGGCUGCGGUAAGAGUACGACGAUCCAGCUCAUCGAGCGUUUCUACGAUCCGCUCGCUGGCGCCGUCUACCUCGACGAGCAGCCGAUCACGAAGUACAACGUCUCCGAGUACCGCAAGAACAUCGCGCUCGUGUCCCAGGAGCCCACGCUGUACGCCGGCACCGUCCGAUUCAACAUCCUCCUCGGGGCGACGAAGCCCAGGGAGGAGGUCACGCAGGAGGAGCUCGAGGAGGCGUGCCGCAACGCGAACAUCCUCGAGUUCAUCAAGUCGCUGCCCGACGGUUUCGACACCCAGGUCGGUGGUAAGGGUUCGCAGCUGUCUGGCGGCCAGAAGCAGCGUAUCGCCAUCGCCCGUGCUCUCCUCCGCAACCCGAAGGUGCUCCUGCUCGACGAGGCGACGUCUGCGCUCGACUCGACCUCGGAGAAGGUCGUACAAGAGGCGCUCGACCAGGCCGCGAAGGGCCGGACAACAAUCGCCAUCGCGCAUCGACUAUCCACCAUCCAAAAUGCUGAUAUCAUUUACUUCAUUAAAGACGGUGCUGUCAGCGAAUCUGGUACACAUGACGAGCUCCUCGCGCUCAAGGGCGGCUACUAUGAGUUCGUGCAACUACAAGCAUUGAGCAAGAAGUAGAGAGCGCCGCCACGCAUUCGUUUUCCCUUCGUUAUCGCAUUAUGUUCGUAAUCCAUACCUAGAACGUGACGAGACAACUGUGCGCUAUGACUGGCGUGUACGUAUAUUUACCUUAAUACCCCUCAUUGCGCCCAUUUCCACUAGUCAUCCCUCCAUCCACCAGCAGUCGUCGGAUAUCGGCGACGCUGCCCCUUGCUUUGUCCGAUACAUCGUCGCACCUCCCGCAGCCUCGCCGUAUCUCCCCAUUUCAGCGUUAUGACCCUCACGAUGCAGUGUUUUCUCAAGGACGUUCCUCGCUCGGUCUUGUGGGUUACGUGUCGUGCAGCUGUGUAGCACACUGAGCAAUACAGUCUUCCAUUCAA